AUGGCUAUGAACGAAAUUUAUAGAGCUAAUAUUAAUCGGCAUUUGCAACGUUCUCAAAAUCAAACUGGCAAAGAUCCAGUACGUAAAACGCCUUCUUAUUCAAGCUAUAAAAAUAACAGCAUACCGAAUAGCCAAUCAAGCAGCAAUGAAAGUUCUCAACAAGGCUCGCUAGAAUUAUUUUCUCAAUCAAAAUUAUCUCAAUCCUAUUCUUUACAUAAUUCUGAGAUACAAAAGUUCGCCGAUGUGCUCAAGGAACAGUUGAAUUAUAAUUCUGAAAGUCAUAAGGAAUUUUGUCAAAGCAUAGGAAAUACAGCUCUAAAAUCAGUGCUUAUACAAAUGACAGUAAAUGAGAAUUUAAAGCAAUCCAUGGAACAAUGUUGUCUACAGAUUCUGGAAUCAAAAAUCAGUACAGAAGAUUUUCAAAAUCUUAAAAGUUCUAUUGCAGUGUUACGAAGAGAAAAUGAACUCCUUAUUUCGCAACUAGAUGAAAUGCGGGAAAGGGAGCAAAGAUAUCUCCAGUUGUUAGAUACAACGUACCAGAGUCGAUCUCAAGUUAGUCAAAUGCAAAUUAAUGAUCGACAUAAAGAAGACACUACAACUCAAUCUAGCUUGGAAUUUAGGAAAACUAAUAGAAUCCUUGAUAGCGCCAGUGGUAUUGAUCGUGUAUCAUCUGUAAUGCAGCGGUUGAGUAGCUUCUGUAAGCCCGAAGAUAAUUACAAUCCGAGACAGCAUUGUAAUGAAAAUUCGAAUAACAGCGAGCUAAGACAGACAAUUAACAGUAUAAGCAGCUAUUGCGAAGUUGAUACACCAAUAAGCGCAGAUACAGGUUGUACUGAGGAAAAGAAUAACCACCAAAAACAGACACAAAUUUCUUUAUCAGAUGUCGCGUCCCAAUUAUUUUUUGAGUCGGAUAGUGAUGAAAGCAUUUGUAUGCACUUUCCAGAUGACUCUAAGAAAAGCAGCUGUAAUAAUGACAGAAAUGAAAAUGCUAAUUCUGAAAAUGGUAAUUUUUCUAUAAAACAUGAAACAGCAGGAACUAUUACAAUUAAUAGUGCCUUAGGACAUCCAUUGACUUCAAGGUAUAAGACUUCAAAAUCAAAGAAAAGGCCAUCAUUACCUCUGAAACAGUCACCCAGUAAGCGCCAGCUACGGUACUCGCUCCGUAAAGUAAGGCAAUGGUAA